GCGUCAUAACAAGAACAACUUGCAAUUGAGAGCAAGGAACUGUAAUGUAGAAACGUAAAAUUUACCUGAAGGGACUGAACCAUUUUGGUAGAAUCGUUUUGUUAUCUAAAUGGCAAGGAAAAGUGUUGCUGACUUGAAAAAAUUAACGGAAAUAUUGGAGCUCUUUGAAAUCUUAAAUGUAGAAUAUGACGAUGAUCUCGACAAAUCUGAAUUGAAAAAAAUACUUCAACAAUUACUUCAAGAUCAAAGUUCUGACAAUGGACAAUAUUCAAACGGAAUCUCGGGUCUUGAGAUUAUUUGUGACGCAAAACGUAAUGACAAAGAGAAAAGGGAAAAGCUGAUUUGUUUUUACACAAAAUUGGAGGAAUGUUUGAGUAAUCUUGGAGAUCAAGAUUUGUCAAUAUUGGAAGAUCUUCUUGGCGUUGAUAUAGCAGUUAACAAUAUUCUUUCGGAAAUGAAAUCAAAACUAAUUCACACUCAAUAUUAUCUUCUAAUAUCUGGGGAAACAAGUUGUGGUAAAAGUACAUUGAUUAAUUUGAUUUUAAAUGAGGAUAUAUUACCAUGUCAUACACUGCAUAAAACUGCAAACAUUUGGGAAAUUUCAUAUGGUGGAAAAAGAACUGUUGUUGUUCACUACAAAACUAUGAAUGGUAAUGAAGAAUGUCCUCCACUACCUAAGCAAAUUCCAAUCGAGAGCAGAGAAAACUGUGGGAAAAGUUUUUCUGAGCAACUUGAGUCAUGCGUAGCUAAUGAACAGCUUGAUCUGAUUGAAAAAUUUGAGUUAUAUUGGCCCCAUGAUUUGUUAAAGCAAGGAGUUGUAAUUUUCGACAGUCCAGGUGUUGGUCAUUCUGAUGAAAUGGAUGCAAUACUGAUGAAGUAUCUACCGAUAGCCUUUGCAUAUAUCUACGUUAUAGAUAUUCCACAUGCCGGUGGUAUUGACAAAGUCUUAAAGAAAAAGAUGAAAGCCAUGGCUGAAAAGAUCAACCUUCUUUUUGAUAGCGUUGAACAUAUGAGUCGUCUGACUGAAUGCACUUUGUUUAUUGGUAAUAAAUGGGACAUGUUGAAAAAAAAGAGUAACGAAGAAAAAGAAAAAGUGAAACGAAAUGUGUACGAUGAGCUUAAAGAUUGUUGGGGGAUGCCUAAUAUAGAAAAACACGUGAUAUUCAUGUCAGCUACUGAUGCUAUCACUGUACAAGAUUAUGGUGGAAGUGCUCCAGAAUUCAAAAUUUUGUUGGAAAAUAUUCAUCAGUUGAUUCUGAGAUCAAUCAUUUUGAGACUAUACAACCAUUGGCAGUGGUUAGACACAAUAAUGUCUGAAACUGUCACGCUGUCAAACUUCUAUGACCAAACUGUUUGUGAUUUGCAAGAUAAACGUCAUCAAGUUCAACUAUUGAGCGAACGUGCUAUCAAAAUUCAGCAAACUUAUAGCAAACAUGAAACACAACUGCUGACUAAUUUAGAACGUCAACAAAACGCUCUCUCCAACAAAAUCAAAGAACAUAUUUCCUUAAAAGAGUUCGAACACCAGUUAUUUUCAUGGGAGAGCAAAUAUGCAUUUGAUCUUCUCGGUAGCAAUUGGGAAAAGACAAAAGAAAAUGUUGAUAAAGCAAUUGUUAGGAAAUAUUUACAUUUGCUUGAUGAAUGGGAAAAAAAAGAAAAGGUAUAUGCCAAGAUCCACUCCGCGAUUGUUGAUGACCAUUUGAAAAGCUUCAAUUUGUUAAAAGAAGAUCUUGAACGCUUUGAAGGCAUUGGCAGCAGUAUCAAAAGGCAGGUUGCUUACUUCAGAAACCGAAGUCAAACUUUACCAACAAAAGUUCUUGUAGGUGCAGCUUCGCCUAUUUGGCUUCCAGUUGCCGCUGCAGGAAUAUUCCUUAGCGCACCAGUCAUUGGUUUUAUGACGUUUUUUAAGAUGAUUGAUCACAACAAACACAAAUUAGAGUUUUCAGAAAAUCCAGUGAAAUACAUGAAACAACGGUCUCAAAAGUUUUUAGAGGCAAAGAGAAAAGAAGAAAUAUUAACAGAGGCUGUUCAAGUCAUGGCAAAAACUAAGAAAAUUGUUUCUGCUUAUCACAACCUUAUACCUCGUCGGAUUGAGGCAGACAGGAAGAUGGUGAAACAGUUGAAAUAUGAAACACGCAAUCAAGACAAAGUGUAUAAAGAAUACAAGAAUAUUUUCAUCACAACACAACGUUUGAGAGAGGAAAUGAUUGAUUUGGGAGAAGAGCUGUUUCCUGAAUUGUUAGAUCGUCGUGAUCUUGCCUGGAGUACUGCUGAACAUGUUUUUGUUGGCGAGGGAGAGUUCUCAAAAGUAUAUCGUGGUCACCUAAAAAUAUUUUCGCGAAGUGAGAUGACAGAUGUUGCAGUUAAAGUGUUUAACAAGCCAUUUGAUGAUAUCAAUACAAGAUUUUAUUUCAACGAGGAAAUAAAGAUCAGGCAUUUAAAGCAUCAAAAUGUUCUUAAAUUUCUGGGUGCAAUCAAGAUAGAAACUUGUAGCAAGUCAAAAUAUUGCUAUAUUUUUGUGAUGCCAAUUUGCAAAAUUAAUUUACGUGAGCAUCUGUUUAAUUCAAACUCUUGCCCGACCCAAUCAAAUGACACCAAACAAGCGAUAAUGAAAUACUUUACGUACGCAAAACAAAUUGCUGAUGGAUUGAACUACAUUCAUGAAAUGGGUCUUGUUCACCGACAUCUAAAAUUGGAAAAUGUUCUGGUAACAAAUGACGACAAAGUAGCAAUAUCUGAUGUGGGAAUUGUCGGCCAAUUCAAAGAAGCUGAGGAAAGUUUGAUAUAUCUUGCACCUGAAGUACUUAAAAAUUUAGAGCAUAGAAUAAAACCCGGGGACAUUUAUAGUUUUGGUAUCAUGCUUUGGGAGAUGUGGUAUGGUGUUACAGCUUUUCGAGAGCUUAUGCCGAUCAUACGGGAAAAUUUCAGAGCAAAAUUAUUAGACGGUCAUCGUCCUGAAAUUAUGGAGCAAGAAGUCAAUCAUCCCAAAGCUCGAGAAACCAUGGAAGAUUGUUGGACAACAUGUUAUGAGAAGAGAAUAACGGCUAAAAACUGUUUCGAUCGAUUAGAGUUCAUGGUGAAUUCUUUUAAAAACAAAAAAUGCAGCAAUAGCGGUGAGAAAAGUCUUACUUAUUGUCGUAGUUAUUAUAUGAAUGUCAUACAAAAUCAUACAUGUACUUUACAAAGUUUUGGAAUUCCUCUCAAGGUUAGUAUCUUUGUCAUGCCGAUUAAAAUGCAAGAAUGUAGCUAUAAUGAAUAUUGAAUUGAGAUGAUUGAUUAAAAUACCUAGACAAAGCUAAAACAUUGUUACAAAUGUGAAAACUCUCGAGUUCCUGAAUAAUUGUAUCCACUGUAGCUAUAGAUGAGCACAGGCUAGUUGCUAUUUGGGUAGGGAAUUAAGGAAAACCGUAAAACGAACGGAAAACAAUAAACAAUGGGUAAAAAUCGGAAAGAGGGUAAAACGUGGACAAGAAUACGCUGAAAAAAAGAAAAAAAUCGUUGAACAGCUUAAUCUUUAACGUGCAUAAAAACCUUACAGCAUUUUAGCAUUGUUUGAAAGAACAGUUCACGAAAUUAACAAAUUCAAAAAAGUAAAUUGAUUGACAUUAAAUCCAGCUUGGGAAAUUGCUGUUAAAAUUCAAAAUUUUCUGCAAGUAUUUUUUCAGUAAGGGGUCUGGUAUCAAGUGCAUGUCGUGACGUCAUGUAAGGAACUCGCUUUAUUUUAUUCAAGGCAUUCAAAAUAAAUUGUGUGUUGUAAUCAUCAAUAGUUUUCUUAGAUAUUUUGAGUAUUGCAUCAUUUUUUACAAAUUGGCCUUAUCAAGUUCGUCAUCUUCAUUGUUGGAUUCAUCAAAUAAAAUUUAUGACAAAGA